AUGGAGUCCUGCCUUCCCAGGGUUGGCAGCUCUGAUCCUGCCUCCCUGGUGGUUCCAGCCCAGUCUGUGCUGAGCGAGUUGAGGUCCCACAGUGAGAAGGCCACCUGCCGGAGGACAGGACGGAUACUGCAUCUUGUCUUCCUGUGCCUGCUCCACGGUUCAUCCUUGACCCUUCCACAAAGAAGACCCCAUUUCAGACAGCAACGUGAGGGCUCUCUCCCCUUCAAGAUUCAUCUUCGCAACAUGACAACAUGCACACCCCCCUGUUGGUGGGAGGAGAGUUCCUUUGCAGCUUCAGGUGCACUGAGGGGCCCGAGCUUGGUGUCUGGGGAAGCUGGAGGAGCUGUCACCAUCCAGUGCCAUUACGCCCCCUCGUCGGUCAACAGGCACCAAAGGAAGUACUGGUGCCGCCUGGAGCCUCCAUUGAGGGUCUGCCGCACCAUCGUGUCCACCAACCACUACGCCCACCGUGACUACUGCGGCCGCGUGGCCCUCACUGACUUCCCACGCAGGGGUCUGUUCACGGUGAAGCUGUUCCAAGUGUCCCUUGAUGAUGCGGGACAGUACCGCUGCGGCAUUGGCAACAGAAACAACGCGCUGUUCGUGGGAGUGACCCUGAACGUGUCUGCAGGUCCUUUCAAUACCAUCUACACAGCCCCUCCAGAUCCUGGUAAUGUCACCUUAGCGUCCUUUGGGACAACAUCACCAAUAGCCAACAAAUGGACCUCAGCAGCCACCCAGCCUCUGGAAGGCCAGGCAUCAGAGUGGGACAGCAAAGCCACACCUUUGGCUAAAGGCAGAGAGACCCCAGGAACAGUCCAAGCAGCAGCUUCAGGGGCAGGCAGCAGGGUAGAGGGCUCCAUCAAGACGACAGUCCCUACUCCAGAGAGCCCAGCUUUAAAACUCAGAAGCAUGCCCACUACAACAGAGGGUGUUUGGAUAUGGGGCACCCAAAGCUCACUGACAAAGACAGCUAGCACCAGUGAGCAUGGGCGAAAAAAGACAAGCACAGAAGAUGAAAGGCCAGGGGAAGAAACAGAGGUCAGGGUAAUUCUAGAUACAGCCAGGAAGACCACAGGAACCAUUCGGCCAUCAACCCUGAGCUCAGAACAUGUGGCCCGAGUAACCCUCCCAGAAGGAACAGUGAUUUCUAAGCAACAAAUGCUGGCCUCCAAGGAGACAUCAUCCUCAGCUCCAGGUGCAUGGACCUGGGGCUCUCUCUCUAUAGAGGCUUCUGUGGAAGGAAGCUCUGAUGGGAGCCUAGAAAACACUGCUGGAGAAAGUCGUCUCCCCGGAAUGCCAAGCCAGCCCCCAGCAGAGGGAUCCACGAGUUCCCCUGGCAAGGGGCCAUCCAUGAAGAGUGCUUUCCCGGAAGAGAAAAGCAACUCUUGGAUCCUGACUACGGUCUCCACCAUACUUUCCCUGGUUCUGCUCCUGACUGUGGUCCUUUUGCAAAGAAGGUUCUGGAGAAGGAGGAGCUCUCCAGAGGCAGAGAGGGAACCAAGGGUGACUCUGAUUCAGGUGAUACCUUUCUUGAAUCCAAACCUGCUACCAGACCAGCUCCCUGACGUGGGAAGGAACUUGUUGCAGAGUGACACUCCUCCACCCAAGCCACCCCUGCUCAUCUUACUUCGCCCCUAUGAAGACAAGCCACUGGAGCUCAGGUUCUGCCUCAGGAAGAAGAGACCUGCCUACUAUUUUGGGACUCAGAAAGCCAAGAAUUCCUCACAGCCAGAGGUUGAAGUAAUUACACAGAUAUUAGAAGGCUUGAAGAUCAUUGAAGAUGGACCCUUCCGUCAUGAUCAGCUUUGA